GGAGGUGACGAAUCUCCAACCCCGACCCCGACGACUACCCGCCACCAGUUCUUUCUCAUAUUCCCCAAAUCGGAUUCAGAUUCUCCAUUUUUUUUGUUUUCUCGAGAAAAUUUUACCUUCAACUUCGACACUCAACGCUGGCCCCUCUCUUUGUUCUUUCAAUUUACCGCUUUGAAUUCGAAGAAAAAUCAGGCUUGAAAGAUCGACCAUCCUGGUGAAUCAGCAUCACCAUCAUCGCGAUAUGGUAUCCCCCGAAACCACUAAUUGGCUGUUUGAUUAUGCUUUAAUGGAUGAUAUUCCUGUUACGGAUGGCAAUUUCUCUGGAGCUUCUACGGGUUUCUCUUGGUCCAUGCCCGCGUUGAAUGGCUCCUCGAAUGUCAGUGCGGAAAAUGAAGGAUCACUGUUGGACUCGGAUUGCCUGAAGGAGCCUGGUUCAAAGAAGAGGGUCAGAACUGAAUCAAGUUGUGCAUCUAGCUCAAAAGCAUGUAGGGAGAAGCUGCGGAGGGACAGACUAAACGACAAAUUUCUGGAACUGGGUGCUAUUUUGGAGCCUGGAAGGCCACCGAAGACCGACAAGGCUGCUAUAUUGAUCGAUGCUGUUCGAAUUGUCACUCAAUUACGUGGUGAAGCCCAGAUGUUGAAGGACUCAAAUACAAGUCUAUCAGAGAAGAUUAAAGAGUUGAAGGCUGAGAAGAAUGAGCUUCGUGAUGAGAAGCAGAGGUUAAAAAUGGAGAAAGAGAAGUUGGAGCAGCAACUAAAAUCCAUGAACUCACAACCUGGAUUCUUGCCUCCAGCUAUCCCUGCAACUUUUGCUGCUCAAGGCCAAGCGCCUGGAAACAAGUUGGUUCCUUUCAUUGGAUACCCAGGAGUUGCCAUGUGGCAGUUCAUGCCACCUGCAGCAGUCGACACCUCACAAGAUCACGUACUCCGCCCUCCGGUUGCUUAAUUACGCAGCCGAAAAAAGAUCAGGGUGGUUUGGGAUUGCACAUUUUGACCCCAAACAUUUGUACUGAUUCUACCAUUGUUCUUGACCCUUGUUUCAGAACCUUGUUUAAGUGGAUGAUAUGGUGGAUGUUUCUUUGACUGUAUUUGCAACUUGUAGACUUUCUAUGGAGUUAAUGCUGGUUUUUACAUGUAAAAAUGUGAAUAAGUUAAUCCAGCUUGUGAAUUUUCCAUGAGAAUAGGCAUUAUAACGUGCUAUUUUUUGCCACUGCAA